CUCUCAUAUUCAUACAAGCCCACAACACAUAUAAUUCCGCUACAUUUCCUCUUAUCGGUCCAUAAUAAGCUCCCCGCUUUCGAACGAAUAUAUACCCGGAAAAGCAAAAACCAGGCGCCCUUCUCACUUAUAAUCUAUCCCCCUUCUCUGCAUCUUCUUGGAAGAAUUUUCAUCUCCCUAUCCCUUUUCACACUUCACUGAUCUUUCGAUCGAGACCCCACUGCUUUCUCUCUUUACAUAAAUAAUACAUAUAUGAGCAUUGCCCUUCACUACCACGUCGAUUUGUUCACUGCUUUUUGAACAUCAGUUUUCCGAGUCUCGCAAACACUUGACAUGGAAGCAGAGCAACAAGUGAUGAUGAUGGGGAAAUGGGAUCCGCGGACGCUGAUGAAUGAGCUGGCCCAAGGGAAGGAGCUUGCCCAGCAGCUCAAGACUCAUCUCGCCCCUCCUUCGUCCACUGAGAGGCGGCGGUUCCUCACCGAGAGGAUUCUCGGUUGUUACGAGAAGGCGCUCUCGUUGCUCAAUUGCCGAGACAUCAGUGGCGGAUCAAGGGAUGCGUCCGAGUCGACCGUCAGCUUCCUCCAAGAGUCCCCGACAUCGAGGGUCGGAGAUCAGUUCCCUCGUGAUGUGUUCAAGAAGAGGAAGACAUCGACGCCUCGGUGGACCGAAGAGGUCCGGGUGGUGUCCGGUUCGGGGCUGGACGGUCCUCCAGAUGAUGGUUAUAACUGGAGAAAAUACGGGCAGAAAGACAUCCUCGGCUCCAAAUUUCCUAGGGGAUAUUAUCGGUGCACGCACCGUCACGUUCAAGGAUGUCUGGCGACAAAACAAAUUCAGAAAUCAGACCACGAUCCGAAUGUAUUUGAGGUUGUGUAUCGGGGACGACACACUUGUAGCCGAUCCACUCACUCAGUCGUUCAAUCCCAAUCGCGAACUAGUGAUGGUCCGAGACAGGAACAAGAUAACGGGUCGAGGCCUCGAACCUUCGAUCAAAAAUUGCCAAACCAAUCGCAACCAAUCAACUUUAACUUCAAAUCGGACCUUAGGCUCGAACCCGAGGAGGUAGAUGCAAGAGACGAGAUGUUCCCAUCUUUCAGCUUCACAGAUAGCGCUAUCGAGUCCGAUCAAAAUAUCUUCGCGACUGUCCUAACGGACAACAAUUUCCUGGACAGCAUUACGAUAGAGACGCCUGAACCCGACUAUUUGCAGCCGAUGUCACUGUGCCACUUGAGCAGCUUGACAUCAGAGUCCGAUCCGCACGAGAUUGUCUCCGCUCCAACUUCGGUCACCAACUCGCCGAUUGGGGACGUGAUUUUUCCACUCGAGAAGAUAGAAUUCGACCCGGAUCUCCUGCUCGAUGAUCUGCAAUUUUCAUAUGAAGGCUCCAUCUAAGAGAACAUAGGUAGGUGAUGAUCCUGGCCGGAAUUCCAAACGGGCGAUGGCAACAUUCAUCCGAGCGUGGAGGCAACCGUACCUUGACAAAAUGGCUAAGAUACAUAAGUAUUGCCACUGUAAUUUCUUUUUCUUCUUUUUUCGUUUUACAUCAUUUUUGUCUUCAAGCUUAAUUGGUGGUUCCAUUUUAUGAUUCAAUUGCUCUUGAAAAUUAAUUCUUCCCUCUUUCCUUA